UGUCCUGGGUAUGACAUUAAAAGGCCCCCAGCGUUGCUUACAUGCGUAAGUGUAGCAACGAUGACCAGCACGGCAUUGAGAUCCCUGCUUGGUGUUGUCCUGGGCAGGACGAUAAAAGGCCCGAUAUGUUGUCUUCGUGUUCGAUCGAAGCAACAAUGAGCAGUAUGGCGACAGAUGCCAGCUGUAUAACGAAGCGUUGCCAUGCUUUUCGGUUCUGUUGGAUCCGCCAUGAUGACGAUCAUACAGAGAUCCUGGGCACGACGGGGAAACUGCCCGGUGGACACGACUCAGUACGACGAGACGAUUCACGAUAUGAUGACGUUAGAGCUUAGAGCCCUUACGGUCAAAAGCCACUGUUCGUACUACGAGCAGGUGGUGAGAAAAAGUCCAGCUGGUCGUCCCUUGGGCAAGCCCACGACCAGCGGACCGCUUGCCAGCCGCGGCAGAGGCUACUUUGCUCCGGAGCCAGCAUCUCGGACUAGGCCGAGGAGGACCUGGACCACCUACGGACAUCACCGCCCUCAGGGCGCCGAAAUGGGUGGACCAAACGUUUGGACGGUGGAAGCGUGUGCUUCUAAGAGCGAUGGGCUGGUCACGUCUCCUGGGACGGGCGGUGGGAUUGCAUCGCCCGGACCUAAGCUCUUGCGCUCGACCAUCAGGUUUCGGGGCGUCACCGGGCUAUGUGUCAAGGGGGCACACAGGUGGGGGAUUCUGUACAAGUGGGAUGCCGACGAUGAUUCUCUUGCCGAUGUAGCUGCACAGCGAAAUUCAAGCCUGACUUUGCCCCAUUAA